AUGACCGAAGCAUGGAUCACACUGGCAACCAACGACCGGUAUGCUCAGGGUGCAAUCACUCUCCUCAACUCGCUUCACUCAUCGGGAACGAACCGUCGAAUUCAUUGUCUGAUCACUAACGAGGAAAAUCUCGCACUGAUCGGUCGUCCAGAUCUCGGAGUCACCUUCACGAAGCUCCACUGUUGGCGUCUCACUCAGUAUUCAAAAGCUGUCUUUUUAGAUGCUGAUACAAUGGUCAUCCGAAAUGCCGAUGAGCUUUUCGAACGCCCCGAUUUUUCGGCAGCUGCAGAUAUUGGAUGGCCGGACAUGUUUAACUCUGGAGUUUUCGUCUUCUCGCCGUCGCUGGUUAUCUACCGCGCACUUAUCGCUCUUGCCACAUCUAGUGGUUCAUUCGAUGGUGGAGACCAGGGACUUCUGAAUGAAUUCUUCUCUAACUGGCGAGAUCUUCCCUCUCCUCAUCGAUUGCCAUUUAUUUACAACAUGACCGGUGGCGAAUUCUACUCGUAUGCGGCUGCUUAUCGAAAAUACGGAGGUGAAACGAAAAUCGUGCAUUUCAUCGGAGCUCAAAAACCAUGGAGCUUGAACACAAGCGACAUUGGAAUCCAUAAGAGCGAUCACUACCAUCAGUGGCAUAAGUUCAGUCAGCAGCAGUUUUCUUCCUCGAAAAAGGAGCAAAAAUCUGGUUCGGUUUCUCCACCGAAACCAAGCGACGAUUCCGAGAUGCAACGUGUCGCGUGGGAAGCUGGACAUCCAGAUUAUUUGGGAAAAGAUGCUUUCAAGAAUAUCCAAAAAGCACUCGAUGAAAGCAUGGCCGACGAGAAGACGAAGAAUAAUUAA